AUGUGCAAAUGGGCGCCACCUAGUGCCGGUCUGCGGCCUGGCCUCCCUUCGCAGUCGCUGCACCAGGCUUGCUUGCUCCUGGUUCUCGCGGCCAGCGCCACGUUAGCGGGAUUCCCGGCACCGGGGUCAGAGGACGAAGCUCAGAAGGCCCUUCUGCAGGCCCCGGCCGAGACCGCCCACCUCUCCUGGGACCUGGGGCGCCGCGCCCGCAGCUACAACCACUUGGAGGGAGACGUCCGGCUCCGGCGACUAUACUCGGCCAACAAGUUCUUCCUGAGCAUCGACAGCAUGGGCCGGGUGCGUGGCAACCGUCACGGCAACCAAACGGACAGCCUGCUGGAGAUCCGAUCUGUGAGCAUGGGAGUGGUCGUCAUCAGGUCAGUGAGCACCGGCCUGUACCUCGCCAUGUCGAAGAAGGGCGCCCUCUACGGGUCGGCAAAGUACACGGCCGACUGCCAGUUCCGGGAGCGCAUCGAGGAGAACGGCUACAACACGUACGCAGCCCUGCGCUGGAGACGCGGCGACAGACCCAUGUUCGUCUCGCUGGGGGGUCGCGGGAGACCACGGGGCGGACACCGGACGCGACGCAAACACCGCUCUGCCCACUUCCUCCCUAUGCUGCCCACGUAGACGCCGU